AUGCCAGUCAUCAACCUACCUUCCAGCCCACAACAAUCGAACUUCGACGCCGCCGUUGACAAAAUGACUUGGUGGCAGUCCCUCUUCAGUCCCAUCUGCACAACCGACACCGACUGCAUCCCCAUCGAUCUGAAAUUCCUCUACACCUGGGCCAUUAAUCGAUCAUACCACACCAAGCUGCACCCUCCCCUCGUCAACGAGAACGACAUGCUGAAGCAGAUCCGUCUUCUGCGCAGGCCUUACGCGGACUUUGAAGAGCAAGACCGGGUGCGAUCUAACCUCACCAGAGGCAUGGUUCGGAUCCAAAUGGCCUUGUUCUUCUACUCCUACAUGGCGAAGAUUCCAUGGAAGCAGAUCCACCUUGAAGCGACGUGGUCUUCAGUAGAAGGAAUGUGCUAUUGGAUCCGUGAAGGAGAUUACCAUGAAUAUCUUUCCCUAUUAGAGGCAGAACACGAAAAGAGAGAAAAGGAAGUAGACGAACGGUACUUAGACGACGGGCCGCACCAUAGGUCCAGCGCCCUUAAUCAUCAGGAACGCGACCUCGUGCGGCAUCCCAAUCCAGACUACUACUAG